AUGAAGAGGUACCCAUCGACAAUGAGCCAGGAUGAGUAUGAGCGCUGCGAUGACUUCGCAAAUAUUGAGCAGGAGAAGCAGCCAAAAAGUUUGGAAUCCCUCAGCCUUCCGGAAGAGAUCCUGAGCAACAUCGACCUUCAGGAGGAGCCAUGCUACGAUUUUUACAGGUAUGCAUGCGGAGGAUUUCUUAACAACACUGUCAUCCAGGAUGGGGAGUAUUCUGUGGAUCAGUUCACGAAGAUCGAUCACGAGUUGAAAGGGAGGCUCCGGGCUGUCUUGGAAAAGCCCUUCCAGUAUGGGGAGCCCCCACCUUUCCAUAUGGUCAAGAACAUGUAUGCUUCUUGCAUGAACAUGGAUCGGAUCAACCGGUUGGGGCUGGAUGCCCUGAAGAAGGUCCUGGAGAUUGUCGGUGGAUGGUCCGUAGGAUUGGAAUGGGACGAUUCCGACUUCGCCUGGGACAAGGUCAUGUACCAGUACCGGAAAAUUGGACUCCCCGUCGACUACUUCUUGGACUUCUCCGUGAAACUCGACUCUGAGACUCCCCUCUGCGACAUGCUGAAUAUUAACCAGCCGACACAUGUUCUACCCAGAGAAUACUUAAUUAAAGGCCCGGACGACGAAAUCGUUCAAGCUUACUACGACUACAUGGUGAAGUUGGCCGUUCACCUCGGCGCCGAAGAAGAACGAGCGAAGAGUGAACUCCACAAGGUCCUGGAGUUCGAAAUCCUCUUCUCUAAUUACUCACUUGAGGAUGAGGGUGGCCAGAAUGGAAUGAAGCAGUACAAGAAGAUGAAAAUCACGGAAUUGGAAGAGAGAUGGCCCAGUAUUCCGUGGCUGGAAUACAUAAACGAGAUGCUGUCCCCCUUCCACCGAGUGAUAGCAGAGGAAACCGUGGUCGUCGAUGACCCCGCUUACAUCGACAACUUUGUCGCUGCUCUUCAAGCAACACCAAAAAGGGUGAUAGCGAAUUACGCAAUCUGGAGGAUGGUGGACUUCUCGGCGGCGUAUCUCACAGAAGAUGUCCAGAACAUCCGCGAAGAAUUCUACUCGAAACUCACGGGGAAAGAGGGACGGAACCCCCGCUGGUUGGAAUGCAUGCACACCGUCUCCAGUUUCUCGUUGGCGCUGGGCGCGAUGUACGUGAGGACCUUCUUCAUGGACGAAAGGGUGAAGCCAGAGGUCACCGAGAUGGUCAAACGCAUCCAGGCCGAAUUCGACACGAUCUUGGAUGAGGUGGACUGGAUGGAUUUCACUACCAGGCGUCGAGCGAAGCUGAAGAGUGCGGAGAUAAAGGCAGAAAUCGCUUAUCCUGAGUGGUUACUCGAUAACAAAAUACUGACAGCGAUUCACGAAGGCUUGGAAAUCACACCGGACCACUUCUACCAGAACGUAUUGAACUUGUCUCUGUUUUCGAGAAAUUACCAUUUCCGUCUCUUCCGGGAAGAGAAGAAGAACAGACUCAUCUGGAUUCAGGGCCCUGCAGACGUCAAUGCCUUCUAUUCCUUUUGGAAAAGCUGCCUCAUCGUGGAGGCGGGGAUUCUGCAGGGCAUCUUUUACGGGGCAGACCGUCCCAAGUACCUUAAUUAUGGAGGUAUCGGCUCCGUGAUCGGCCACGAAAUCGCUCGAGCUUUUCACGAUAAGGGUCGGCUAUACGAUUGGUGCGGUGACUUGAGGGACUGGUGGGAGCCAGAAACGGAGAGGAAAUACCAGGAAAAGGCCAAGUGCAUCAUCGAUGGGCAUGGCGAAUUCUCUCUUUCCGACGUCGGACUGGCUGUCUUUCAGGUAAAGUUCUAUGAUUCUUUCUCGUUGGCGCUGGGCGCGAUGUACGUGAGGACCUUCUUCAUGGACGAAAGGGUGAAGCCGGAGGUCACCGUGAUGGUCAAACGCAUCCAGGCCGAAUUCGACACGAUCUUGGAUGAGGUGGACUGGAUGGAUUUCACUACCAGGCGUCGAGCGAAGCUGAAGAGUGCGGAGAUAAAGGCAGAAAUCGCUUAUCCUGAGUGGUUGCUCGAUAACAAAAUACUCACAGCGAUUCACGAAGGCGGCAUCUUUUACGGGGCAGACCGUCCCAAGUACCUUAAUUAUGGAGGUAUCGGCUCCGUGAUCGGCCACGAAAUCGCUCGAGCUUUUCACGAUAAGGGUCGGCUAUACGAUUGGUGCGGUGACUUGAGGGACUGGUGGGAGCCAGAAACGGAGAGGAAAUACCAGGAAAAGGCCAAGUGCAUCAUCGAUGGGCAUGGCGAAUUCUCUCUUUCCGACGUCGGACUGGCUGUCUUUCAGCUUCUGCUUACAUUAUUCACAUUUGACAGAAAAUCGAUUGCUGCUGUUGAAUUGGAAUAUGACAACCGUUUGCAGCUGAACGACGAGAACCCUCUAGGCGAAAGCAUAGCUAAUAGCGGAGGUUUGAAGGCAGCCUACCGGGCUUACGUGAAAUGGAGCGAGGAACACGGCGAGGAGUCACCAAUGCCCGGCCUGGAGCACCUGAAUUCCAGGCAGAUUUUCUGGAUCUCGGCCGCGAACGUGCAGUGCUCCUUGUACAAGAAGGAGGCGCUGAAAUACAAGAUGAGUUUUCCACAGCCAUCGGGGGAAUCUUGGGUGCGAGGUGUAUUUCAGAACAUACCAGAGUUCGCCCGAGAUUUCAACUGUUCCGUUGGAACUCCUUAUAAUCCAGUGGAACGGUGCACUAUUUGGUGA